AUGAUAAUUUAUAAGUGUGCUUUUUUCAUAAUUAUCUUUCCAAUUACAAUAUCGGUUGCGUUUGCGACUGAAACAACACCUUCAACGUACAACAUUGAAGGGCAAAUUGUUCUGGCAGAUUCGAUCAAUGCAAAAAGUAACUGGCACAUCAAUUGUCGUGUAUUGGCCAAUUAUGGAGAAUAUGUCGGUUUCGUCAGAAAAGACGGCUCAUUUUUAUUAACGGGUGUACUACCCGGUUCUUAUAUUGUUGAGAUUUCGCACAUUAAUUACGUUUUUGAACCGGUGAGAGUGGAUAUAACUUCAAAAGGGAAAUUUCGUGCGCGUCGUUUAAAUCUUCUUCAGCCAUCUGUAGUAUCUGCAUUACCAUAUCCGCUAAAAUUAGUUGCUUCACAUCAGAUUACCUAUUUUCGUCCGCGAGAGGAAUGGCAUUUAAUGGAUAUGCUAUCCAGUCCAAUGGUCUUAAUGAUGGUGAUACCUCUUUUGUUACUUGUCAUUUUCCCGAAACUUAUCAAUACGAAUGAUCCUGAAGUUAAAAAGGAAAUGGCGAAGAGCAUGCCUCAAAUGGAUGUUCCAGAUGUUUCUGAUAUGUUGGCUUCAUGGCUCGGUGGAAAUCCGAAAAAAACUUCAAAAAAAAUUUUAUCUAAUAAAAAGAGGAUAAUAGAGGACUUUUGA